AAUGACCACUCCUCCUUAAGGAUAAACCCUAGCAUGCAUAAUAAGAAAUGUUGACUCAGUGAGUCCGCGUCGUCUGCUUCUACACCAGAUUGCGAUUUUGUUUGUACUGAGUUGUUGACAAAAAUGGUUCCCGGUCUUGUUUUACGAUCGCUGCACAAUGGUCGAAACGGUGGUUUAGUUUUUAAACGUUUGUAUUCAUGGACAGAACAGUCUUUCCCUAAAAUUACGACCCAUUACACCGUCCAUCCAAGAGAAAAGGAUGCACGAUGGGAAGGUGUGGACAUGGAAAGAGCAGUAGAUGAGGUUGAUGUUGUUAUUGUUGGUGGUGGACCUGCUGGUAUGUCUGCUGCAAUACGACUAAAGCAACUUGCUGCACAGCACGAGAAAGAAAUGAGAGUUUGUGUUGUUGAAAAAGCUGCAGAAAUAGGUGGACAUACAUUAUCUGGGGCUUGUUUGGAACUUGGGGCCUUAAAUGAAUUGAUUCCUGACUGGAAAGAGAGAGGAGCUCCACUUCACACUCCUGUUACUGAAGAUAAAUUUGCUCUUUUAACUGAAAAGCACAGAGUUCCACUACCUAUCUUUCCCGGUAUGCCAAUGCACAAUCAUGGCAACAUGAUUGUGAGACUGGGCCAUUUUGUUCAGUGGUUGGGUUCUCAAGCGGAAGAGUUGGGUGUUGAAAUUUAUCCUGGCAUAGCAGCAUCUGAAGUUCUUUACCAUGAAGACGGUAGUGUUAAAGGUAUCGCCACUAACGAUGUUGGUAUAGCAAAAGAUGGUUCUCCCAAGGAUACAUUUGCCAGAGGCAUGGAGUUACACGCUAAAUGCACAAUCUUUGCCGAGGGUUGCCAUGGCCACUUGGCCAAAGGAAUUUACAAAAAAUUCAACUUACGCACCGAAUGUGAGCCACAAACGUAUGCAAUUGGGUUGAAAGAAUUGUGGGAAAUUGAUCCUGCUAAGCACCAUCCAGGACGGAUAGAACACACUGUCGGCUGGCCAUUGGAGAGAACGACAUACGGAGGAUCAUUCCUUUACCACGUAACUGAUGAAAACAAGACCCCUCUGAUAGCUAUGGGCCUCGUCAUUGGACUUGACUACCGUAACCCAUUUAUUAGCCCGUACAAAGAAUUCCAGCGAUGGAAACUUCACCCUUCCGUCAAACCGAUAUUAGAAGGAGCGAAAAGGAUUGGUUAUGGAGCUCGUGCUCUUAAUGAAGGAGGUUUGCAAUCAAUUCCAAAAUUGACUUUCCCGGGAGGUUGCUUGGUCGGCUGUUCACCUGGAUUCAUGAAUGUCCCGAAAAUCAAGGGAACACAUAACGCCAUGAAGAGUGCCAUGUUAGCAGCUGAAAGUAUAUUUGACACCAUAAACAGCGAAAUCCCGCAAGAAACGGUCGGCAUCAACCCCGUUGUCUACGAGGAGCGCAUUCGCAACAGUUGCGUGUGGAAUGAACUCCAAAGCGUCAGAAAUGUGAGGCCGUCGUUUAGCUCUUCGCUCGGAUUAUAUGGCGGGCUUUUAUACACUGGCCUUUUUUAUGUUCUCGGUCGAGGGAAAGAGCCUUGGACUUUUACGCAUCACGGAGCCGAUCAUCGAAAGCUAAAACCUGCCGCUCAAUGCCAGCCCAUUGAUUACCCCAAGCCGGAUGGCAAAAUUACUUUCGAUUUACUGACUUCAGUGGCCUUAACAGGAACGAACCACGAAGGUGAUCAACCGCCUCAUUUGACUCUGAUGGACGACACGAUCCAAAUCAAGCAAAAUCUAACUGUAUUUGAUGGUCCAGAAGGUCGCUUCUGUCCUGCUGGUGUUUACGAAUACGUGCCAACGGAAGAUGGACAGGGUAAAAAGUUUCAAAUUAGCGCCCAAAACUGCAUUCACUGUAAAACAUGCGACAUCAAAGAUCCCAGUCAAAACAUCAAUUGGGUCGCUCCCGAAGGAGGUGGCGGACCUGCAUACAACGGAAUGUAAAGAGGGCACUCGGCUUCGUUUGAAGGAUAUGAAUUUUAAAUAGGCCUGAAUAACUCAGGAAAAAUCAAUGCAAUUUUUUUUUCAAUAUACCUAUCAACUCAU